CAGGCCUGGAGGGGAGGGGGGCAGUGAGCAGCUGAGAGCUGGGGCCUGACGCAGGCCACCAGAUUCCAGGACAUGGCUCUUGACGGGGUCCUGAGGAGGGUAGGGGUGGUGGGCUACGGCCGCCUUGGACAGUCCCUUGUUUCUCACCUGCUGACUCAGGGACCAGAACUGGGCCUAGAACUUGUUUUUGUCUGGAAUCGAGACCCAGGACGAAUGGCAGGAAGCGUGCCCCCUGACCUGCAGCUCCAGAACCUCGCUGCUCUUGGGGAGAGGCACCCUGACCUUGUGGUGGAAGUGGCCCAUCCCAAAAUAAUCCAGGAAUCUGGGGCAAAAAUCCUGCGUUAUGCCAACCUCCUGGUGGGGUCCCCCUCAGCCCUGGCUGACCAGGCCACAGAGCAGCAGCUGCGAGAGGCCUCGCAUCGCUGGCACCAUGCCGUGUUCGUGGCCCGGGGGGCCCUGUGGGGCACUGAGGACAUCACCAGACUGGACGCAGCAGGGGGCCUCCAGAGUCUUCGUGUCACCAUGGCCACGCACCCCGAUGGCUUCCGGCUCGAGGGACGGCUGGCUGCAGUGCCCAGCACUGGGCCUCGCACAGUGCUCUACGAAGGCCCUGUCCGUGGGCUCUGCCCCUUGGCCCCUCGCAACUCCAACACCAUGGCGGCCGCUGCACUGGCCGCCCCCAGCCUGGGUUUUGACCACGUGGUCGGAGUGCUUGUGGCUGAUCUCAGCCUCACAGACAUGCACGUGGUGGACGUGGAGCUGCGCGGCCCCCCGGGCCCCUCGGGCCGAAGCUUUGCUGUGCACACCCACAGAGAGAAUCCCGCUGAGCCAGGCGCCGUCACGGGCUCGGCCACCGUUACCGCCUUCUGGCGCAGCCUCCUGGGUGCGGCCCCUGCGGCCCCUCUCCCCAGGCCCUGGCUCUGCGACCGGCAGAGCCCAGGUCCUGGCUGGGUCUGGGUCUGCGGGUCUGAUAUGGUCUCUAGUUGACUGAUCUUUCUGUCUGUGUCUCCUUCACUUUCUCCUCCCCGGCUUUGACUCUUGAGAGACCCAUCCCUGUAGGAACCUCCCUUCUCUGCCUCUCGCUGGGAUCCCACCACCCUUCUCCCUGUGUGUCUCCUCCCCCACCCGGGUCGGUCCCUCCCAGCAGGUGUCUGACUCUCCUCAUCGCGCGGUCCCAGCCUUUUAUUCCCUGUAUCUCCCCCCCGCCCCCCCGCAGGCUGCUGCCAGCUCCCCUCCAGGCCGGGGAUCCAUCUCUGCUGAGAAGCCGCCUCCUUCCCUGGUGGACAUCUUCGUCUCAUUUACGUCCCCAUCCCGGGCCUUCCCGCUGUCUCAGUAAACACUGGAGGCUCCUC